AUGGACUUUCUGCCUGCGCAUCCUGGACCAGUCGAGGAUCAGCUAUUAGUGUUGCAGGGUGACCAUAGGUCCUCCUUUCUUGAUUGGUCUCUCAUCACGACCUUGGUAGAGUGGUGGCGACCGAAGACACACACUUUUCACUUGCCCACUGGAGAGGCCACCAUCACGCUGGAGGAUGUUCAGGGUGACGCUGUACAGAGAGGGGGCAGUCGCGUUGCUUUGUUAGCCAUCAGAGAUCAUAUGGCAUUUUUGCACCCAGACAUUACCGGCGAGACGGAUGAUCUCCAUAUUGAGCGGUACACGAGGUUGGCGCUGCUCCUGCUUUUCGGGGGUGUCUUGUUCCCAAACACUUCGGGAAGUCUAGUGAGUAUGCGCUUUCUCCAUCAUCUGCAGCAGCUAGAUGAUUUACCCAUAUACAGCUGGGGUGUUGCUGUUUGGGCCUGGCAGCGGGUCAUGCCGUUACAGCCACCUCUACCACCCGGUGAGGCUUAUCCGUUUCUCCCUAUAGCUUCUAGGUGGGUUCUCCGGCGUGGGAACUACCGAGGGACCAAUGCUCAUCAUAAUCUCCCCCUUGUCAGGGAUGUGUUAGAUAUGCUGGUGGCCGGACAGUUCAUCUGGACGCCAUACAAUGACGAGUUGCUAGCUCAGCUGCCCGAUUAUUGCUCCGUCGACCGACUGCUUUGGAGCACCUCCGUCCCGAUGAUCUUCUUCGAUAUGGUUGAGUAUCAUGCCACAGAGCGUGUGCUUCGCCAGUUUCACCGUUCCCAGCCUAUACCGGGGGAGCCUGCAUGGAUCCCUACACACUAUCAGCGGGAUGACUGUAUCAGGGUGGACGAUAUAUUUAUGGGAUGGCUAGAGCAGCAGGAGGCCACUAUUCAUCUGUAUAUGCCAUGGUACCGCUGUCACACCCGACUGAUGAUCGGGAACCCCAUUCAUGUACUUAGCGAGCGUUACAGACCAUAUGCUGGGAGGCACGAGUCACUGGCUAUUGGGCAUCACCUGGUCUACCAGUUGGGACAGGAGAUGCAGCAGCAUGCCGACAGUGCUGCACUCGUUGCGUAUGGCCGGCAGGUGGCAGAUCUGGCUCGUCAGACCCUAUUUCAAGCGAGAGAUGGCGCGAGUUUGGAUCACGAGGAUCAGUAUGCGGCGCCAGAGGACUACCAUCGGGGUAGGGUUGUCCCACGAGGCAGGGGUAGGGCACGAGAGAGGGGUGCCCUACGGGGUCGCGGGGGACGGAGAGGAGGUGGUCCCUAG